AUGGCUUCACACUAUUCUGAUGAUGAAGAAGAAAAGGUUAGUAAUGGAACAUCCUCUCAUAAUGAUUCUCAAGGUGCUAUUGAUGAACUUCUAAAUGAAUGUUCUGACAAAAAUACUAAAGAAUCUGAGAAAGCUGAAAAGAAAAACCCAAAAAUAACUGAAAUCCCAACUGUACAAAAAAUAUCAAGAAAUCGUUCAACUGUCUCUGAAGAAUUGAUUCUGGGUAACAAGGAUGAACCUAUAAGAACAAGGUCUACAUUCAAAAUAUCUGAGGAAACCCCUCUGGGAUUAGUGUAUUUGAUAGAGCCUACAUCUUGUGAUGAGGCACUUCAAGACAAUGAAUGGAUUCUGGAAAUGGAAGAAGAGCUUGAUCAAUUUGCAAAGAAUGACGUCUGGGAUCUGACUCGCGCCCUCUCCUCCCAAAACCCACCUGAACUAGAAACCAAUAUUCCUUCACCAUCUGAACAACCACCAACACCACCCUCUGAACCACACACAAAAACCACCGCUGAAAACCCCAUUACUCAACAAAUUGAACCUCCCACUAAAACCAUCCCCACACCAUCAACACCUAUAUCUCCCAUAUCUGAACCCGAACCCAUCUUUCCCACAUUGGAAGAGGCGGUAGCCUUAUUUGCUGAGUCUUUAGUGGAGAAGAUCAAAUCGCUAUCUGAAAACUCUAGAAUCAAUGAUGAUCCCUCUGCAGAUCAUCUGGCCAGAGAGGCGGAAGAGAGAGCUCGUAGAAAAGAUGAAGAAAAUGCUCGUCUAGAAGAAGAAGAACGAGCAAGAGAAGCUUCCGAAAAGGCCGCCGUUGAGACUGAUGCUGCUGCUAAAGCUGAAGCCAAAGCCAAGGUUGAUGCUGAAGAAGCAGCACGCAUAGCUGCGGAAGAAGCUGCCAAGGCUAGGGAUGAUGCCCUUACUCAGGGGGAGUGUUAG